CCCGGCGUGCCCUGCGCUCGGCGUGCCCGGAGCCCGGUGAGCCGGGGCGUGCGGGGGGAGGCGGAUGCCCGGCCAUGGCCGCCUCGCUGAGCCGCCCGUGCUUCCUGUCCCUCCACGUGCCCUACGGGCAGGGCUGUGCACAGGACCUGGCUGCCGCUUUCCGCUUCCAGCCCGUGGCCGUGCGGGAGACGCCGCGCGUGAGGCAGCUGGCGCUGCGCCGGGGCGCUGCCGUCUUCCUCCUCAACCAGCACCUGGCGCCAGCCGGCAUCUCCAACCACGAUUUCCUCUACGACGUGGACCCCCGUCCCACGCUGGGCACAGCCUCCAACGUCUGCCUGGAGGUGGAUGACGUGCCGGGGCUGUGCGCGCAGCUGCAGAGCUGGGGCUGCACCCUGCCCGUGCCCCCCACCGAGGUGAGAGACGAGCGCGGCUCUGUCACCUACGGCGUGGUGAGCUCCGCCGUGGGCAACAUCAGCCACACGCUGCUGGACCGCUCCUGCUACCGGGGACCCUUCCUGCCCGGCUUCCAGCCUAUACAGGGAGCAGCCCCGGGGGACGGUGUGGAGAUCUCCCACUUCGACCACAUCACCUAUGUGUGCCCGCGGGGUGGCACGCAGGCGGCUCUGGACUGGUACCAGCGCUGCUUUGGCUUUCGGCACUUCUCGCUGAGCCCACGGCAGCAGCCAGCUCAGGGCUUUGUGCUGGGCGGGCACGGGGCGGGCAUGCUCCUCCAUGCCCUGCAGAGCGCCCAGGGUUGCGGCUGCAAGCUCGUCCUCGCCGAGUCUCUUUCUGAAUCCAUCCCAAACCAAGUGGACACCUUCCUGGAGCAGCACGGCGGGGCUGGCAUCCAGCACGUGGGACUGCACACGCCUGACAUUGUGUCAGCCACCAGAGCCCUGCGGCAGGCGGGCGUGCGGUUCUUCACACCCCCCGCUGCCUAUUACAGCCAGGGGGGCAAGGAGGAGGAGGUGCGAGGUGCCGGGCAGGACCCCCGUGCGCUGGCAGAGCUGGGCAUCCUGCUGGACACCACCGCGCGUGGGGUCAGCGGGCAGCUGGGCGGCGAUGCUGGUGUAAGCCCUGCGCAGAGUUACCUGAUGCAGAUCUUCACCCAUCCCAUCUUCUCUGAGGAGACCUUCUUCCUGGAGCUCAUAGAGCGACGUGGAGCUCCUGGCUUUGGGGAAGGCAACAUACGGGCGCUGUGGAAAGCUGUGCAGGUCUAUAUGGACCAGAGGCAGUAGAGACCUGCAGCUCCCCUUCACUCCAUCCCAACCCUGGGACAAUACGCAAAUACCGGCAGAUGGCCACGGCGCAGCCCUGAGCAGCACGGGCCAAGGAGCUCAACCCAGACACCUCUCCAGUGUUGCAGCACAGUGCUCAGAGACAGGUCCUGGUGGCCCUGAGCAGCCCCCAGCAUGGAGAGGGGUUUGUCCCCCUCCUUGGGCUGCCAUUAGCCAGAUGUGAAGGUCCUUCUGCCUUAAUUUCACCUGAAUCUAAUGAAAGUUGUGCCUGCAGCACAGCUGAGGACACUGCUCGCACUGCCACAACCCCACUGUGGGGGACAAGGAGGGUACUAUGGACACAGCUGCUCAGCAGCAGUCACCACCCAGGGCACCACAUGGCAAGUGACUGCCUCUUCAUCACCUAAAUUAAAGAAUUAACCUGAAAGAA